AUGAAUGUCAAUCAGUGCAUUGUACUCAACAGCAAAGAUGAAAACACAAUUUUUUCCGAGCCCGCCCAGGACCCUGUCCCCCAAUCACAGCCCGCCCAGGGCCCUGUCCCCCAAUCACAGCCCGCCCAGGACCCUGUCCCCCAAUCACAGAUCGCCCAGGGCCCUGUCCCCCAAUCACAGCCCGCCCAGGACCCUGUCCCCCAAUCACAGAUCGCCCAGGGCCCUGUCCCCCAAUCACAGAUCGCCCAGGGCCCUGUCCCCCAAUCACAGAUCGCCCAGGGCCCUGUCUCUCAAUCACAGCCCGCCCUGUACCCUGUCCCCCAAUCACAGCCCGCCCUCCCGCCCAGGACCCUGUCCCCCAAUCACAGCCCGCCCAGGACCCUGUCCCCCAAUCACAGCCCGCCCAGGGCCCUGUCCCCCAAUCACAGAUCGCCCAGGGCCCUGUCCCCCAAUCACAGAUCGCCCAGGCCCACCCAGGACCCUGUCCCCCAAUCACAGAUCGCCCAGGGCCCUGUCUCCCAAUCACAGCCCGCCCUGUACCCUGUCCCCCAAUCACAGCCCGCCCAGGACCCUGUCCCCCAAUCACAGCCCGCCCAGGACCCUGUCCCCCAAUCACAGCCCGCCCAGGACCCUGUCCCCCAAUCACAGAUCGCCCAGGGCCCUGUCCCCCAAUCACAGAUCGCCCAGGGCCCUGUCUCUCAAUCACAGCCCGCCCUGUACCCUGUCCCCCAAUCACAGAUCGCCCAGGGCCCUGUCCCCCAAUCACAGCCCGCCCAGGGCCCUGUCUCUCAAUCACAGCCCGCCCUGUACCCUGUCCCCCAAUCACAGAUCGCCCAGGGCCCUGUCCCCCAAUCACAGCCCGCCCAGGGCCCUGUCUCUCAAUCACAGCCCGCCCUGUACCCUGUCCCCCAAUCACAGAUCGCCCAGGGCCCUGUCCCCCAAUCACAGCCCGCCCAGGGCCCUGUCUCCCAAUCACAGCCCGCCCAGGGCCCUGUCUCCCAAUCACAGCCCGCCCUGUACCCUGUCCCCCAAUCACAGCCCGACCAGGACCCUGUCCCCCAAUCACAGCCCGCCCAGGGCCCUGUCCCCCAAUCACAGCCCGCCCUCCCGCCCAGGACCCUGUCCCCCAAUCACAGCCCGCCCAGGACCCUGUCCCCCAAUCACAGCCCGCCCAGGACCCUGUCCCCCAAUCACAGCCCGCCCAGGACCCUGUCCCCCAAUCACAGCCCGCCCAGGACCCUGUCCCCCAAUCACAGCCCGCCCAGGACCCUGUCCCCCAAUCACAGAUCGCCCAGGGCCCUGUCCCCCAAUCACAGAUCGCCCAGGGCCCUGUCUCUCAAUCACAGCCCGCCCUGUACCCUGUCCCCCAAUCACAGAUCGCCCAGGGCCCUGUCCCCCAAUCACAGCCCGCCCAGGGCCCUGUCUCUCAAUCACAGCCCGCCCUGUACCCUGUCCCCCAAUCACAGAUCGCCCAGGGCCCUGUCCCCCAAUCACAGCCCGCCCAGGGCCCUGUCUCCCAAUCACAGCCCGCCCAGGGCCCUGUCUCCCAAUCACAGCCCGCCCUGUACCCUGUCCCCCAAUCACAGCCCGACCAGGACCCUGUCCCCCAAUCACAGCCCGCCCAGGGCCCUCCCGCCCAGGACCCUGUCCCCCAAUCACAGCCCGCCCAGGACCCUGUCCCCCAAUCACAGAUCGCCCAGGGCCCUGUCCCCCAAUCACAGCCCGCCCAGGACCCUGUCUCCCAAUCACAGCCCGCCCUGUACCCUGUCCCCCAAUCACAGCCCACCCAGGACCCUGUCCCCCAAUCACAGCCCAGCAGGUCCCACACCCAGCCAAUCCCCAGCCAACACCCACCUAACCCGCACCCACCUCCUAGCUGGACAUAAAUAUUGCUGA